AUGAACUGGGAAAGCCCAUUUUUAUUUCAAGCUACAGCUUUCUAUCAGUUGGCUGCCUUGCCAUUUGCUUUCUUGUUUCAUUAUCUAUGCUGCUGUACGAAUCUCUCUAUAAAUUCAAGGUAUAUUUUCCUCUUGGUUGGUGGCUUCAUCCUUGCUUGUGCUGCCAUGGGGUGCUACGCCCUGCUGGUAUUUGUAUCUGCCUUCUGCUCUCUCGCUAUAAUCCAUUCAGCCGACCUGCAGCAAGUCCACCAAUGGGCAUUCUGCUUCCAGAUGACCUGGCAAACACUCUGCCAUUUUUGGCUGCAGUAUAAAGAGUACUAUCUCCAAGAAACUACAUGCCCCAGAUUUUCCAUCACCCUUUCUGUCCUCAUGCUGAUGACCCAGAGGAUCACCUCACUGACUCUGGACAUCCACGAAGGCAAAGUGAGGCUGUGGCUGCCACAUGCAGAGAAGGGACCUCUUGAGCGGCAUCUACAUCAGGCGCUGCCGGUUUGCACUUACCUGCUUUCUUUCCCUACCCUGCUGGGUGGCCCUUUGUGUUCUUUCAACAGAUUUCAGACAUGGAUAAGGUGUUCCAGAAGAACCUCAUUUUCUCAGUGCUCUCUUUGGGCUGCCAUUCAAAAAGCUUUAGGUGCUCUGAUGCUUGGCUUCCUGAAGAAUAUGCUGAGAGGAUACAUUUGCGCUCAGGCUGAUCAGAACGACUGUUCUUGCUUUGGCUGUGUUUAUGUCCUGUGGACUUCAGCCUUGUUCUUCAGGCUGACCUAUUACUCCAACUGGAUGCUUGAUGAGUCCCUCUUCCUUGCAGCUGGUUUGGGAUUGGAAUUAGAUUGUGCGGGAACUGCUGAAGGAAUCCUUAUGGAUGCAGACAUUUGGACCCUAGAAACAACUAACACGAUUGCCGUCUUUACCCGAACAUGGAACAAGAGUACAGCUCAAUGGCUGAGGAGGCUCGUAUUCCAGCGGAGCAAGUCACAUCCUCUGUGGGCUACUUUUGCCUUCUCGGCCUGGUGGCACGGCCUCCAUCCUGGGCAGGUCUUUGGGUUCUUGUGUUGGGCGGUUAUGGUGAAAGCUGACUACGGUUUCCAUCGCUUUUUCCGCUCAAUUGCAAAAUCCCAGCCACAGAGAGUAGUGUGUCAAAGCCUGACUUGGUGUCACACCCAGCUAGUUGUGGCGUAUAUUAUAAUAGCUGUUGAGAGGAGAACCCUCUCCGUACUUUGGUGGCUAUUUUUUUCAUACAAUAGUUUCUUUCCAUUAGUCUAUGUAAUUUCACUUCUCUUGUUAGCAAAGGAAAAAGCGAUCAGUCCCACUGACCCUCAUGUGCAUACUUCCUGACCAUAGAAAUGUAUUUUAAAAGAUAUCGGUGUUGGAAUUUAACCCCACACUGCCCAAGUUUCAAGUCAUCAAUAAGGAACAGUUUAGUUAGAACUAGCUGUGCCCGGCCACGCGUUGCUGUGGCAAAGUGGUGGUGGUAUUGGUUAAAAAUUGUUGUGUAAUUUUUAUUUGACGUUAUUUGUAUUUUUUAAUUAAUUUUAUUGCAAGUUAUCUUUUUAUUUUUUAUAUUUUAUUAUUUUCUUAUAUAAUUUUUAGUUAUUUUUUGUUAUUAUGGUAUUUUAUUGUAUUAAUUUUUUUAGUGUUUUUAAUUAUUUUUAGUGUUUUUAAUUAUUUUUUAUUGGGUUGCUAGGAGACCAAGUUGGAGAGGCUUAGCCUUCUAACUGGCAGCAAUUGGAUAAAAUGAAUUAUUCCUCUCUCUCUAAUUAGGACUUUGUUUUUCUUUUCUUUUUGUUGUAUCAACCUAGAGCUGUGGAUGAUGGGUUGUGUCGUCAAAUUUCGAGG